AUGCAAGCGACCAGAAAACUCAAGGCCAACAUGACACUAGCAACGCAUCUUGACCAAUUCGUCUCACCUAUUAUCUGUCCCACGAGAAGAAAAAUUCCCGGAGUAUGGAUGAGAUCGGGGACUUCGAAGGGUCUUUUUCUUCAUGAGAGAGACCUGCCUCCGUCCACUAAAGCAUGGGAGUCCAUUCUGCUUUCGGCAAUGGGAUCUGUCCAAGCAAAUUCGCGACAGGUAAACGGCAUCGGGGGCGCUACAUCAACCACGUCAAAAGUUGCUAUCGUUUCAAAAUCCAAGCGGCCGAGCAUUGACGUAGACUAUACGUUCGUACAAGUGGCCCCAGAUCAACCAAGAAUUGACAUGACUGGAAAUUGCGGCAACAUUGCCUCUGGGGUGGGUCCCUUUAGUCUCGACGAGGGACUUGUCACAGUACAACCAGGACAGUCCAAUGUUGAUAUUCGGAUCUUCAAUACAAAUACCAGACAAACCAUUGUCGAAACCGUUCACGUUGGCCCCGACGGACGAUUCCGCGAGGAUGGAGUUUAUGAACUAGCCGGGGUUGAAGGUCGCGGAAGCCCAAUAAAAGUCGCUUUUCUAAAUCCAGAAGGCAGUAUGACUGAAAGCAUGUUUCCAAGUGGGUUCAAAUCGGAAACUAUGGCUGUUUCUUCUCUCAUUGCAGGUAAAUUUUCCGUCAGAGCUAGUCUCGUGGAUGCAGCCAAUCCAUUUGUUCUCGUGGAUGCAAGUUCUUUGCCAUUCCAGCAGGGCUGCCCAUGGCCAAAUGUGAAGGACUCUGAUGUCUUGUCUGUUGUCGAAGAGAUCCGCCGCCAGGGAGCUGUGCGAUUCGGACUCGCUCCAGACAUGAACGACGCGGGGCGCGUUCGAGGGACCCCCAAAAUUGCCUUCCUGUCCGCGGUUACGGGGGAUGAAGCCAGAGCAGAUAUUGAAGUUCUUUCGUUCUCUCUAGGCAAGCCUCAUCCAAGUCUUCAAUUGACCGGUGCAGUCUGCAUCGCGGCAGCGAUGGCAGUCCAUGGCACCGUUGCAUGGGAGCUUGCAGGUGGGAAGAAAACCGAGAGAAUGCACAAGCACGGAAUGGCUGUUGAUGGUCAAGAGAUUGCCGCUGCCAUUCCAGUAGGCAUUCGACAUCCUUCGGGUGUUAUUGAAACCGAGACUGUCCUGGGCGUGGAUUCUGAAGGCGAAGCUUGUGUGCAGCAGGUGGCGGUUUUCCGCACAGCUCGUCGAUUGUUUGAAGGAAAUGUAUUUUAUUGA